UCACCACAACAAAAUUGCUGAAUAAAUCAACAUGGAAGAUAAAACGGGAUCUGCUGUGCAAGAAGAGCUUGGGGUAAAAUUUAAAAAAUUUGCAGAAGGCAAACAGAAGUCGAAAGCAAAGUCCUUCAACCCCAAACUCAAAAUAUUCAGAGAGUUUUCUCUUGCCACACUGUCAGCCCUGCUGAAGACAAAGACUGCACAAAGCCAGCGCAAACAGCAAACUGAGAAUGCUGAAGGAGACUCAACUACGCAAAAAUGUGAUUCUCUAGUUUCAGCUCUUGAUGCUCUUGCAAACACUGGGGUGACUGGUUUACAGUGGAAGAAAAAACUUGGAGAUGAAGUCCGUGUGACCCUCUCUGAUCACUCUGAUGUAUCACUGCUGACUGCCAAUGCUGAAGAAAACUCGCUCACCACCAGAAAAUUUUGUCUUGAUGGGUGCAGAGUUCCUGGUGACCCCACCGAUAAGCAAGGGACAAGUGAGGUCCAUGUGUGUCAAGCAGAUGCGAAAGCUGUCAUGAUGAUGGAGACUUUUCAGUACAUAUACAUCAAUGCUUGGAAAAACUGUGUUACAUACUUGGAGUCAGCUUGUCAUAGUAUUGCUCCUGGAGGAAUGCUGUGUGUUGUGGUCUCCGACUCCUCCAUGUUUGCCCGUUCACCGCAUGUUGUGAAGCGCUGGUACGCAGUGGACGUCAUGAAGACGGAAUAUUUGAAAGAAAUGGCUGCUCGGGUUGUACUUGCUGACCUUGCUGCAUCAGCUGGCAGAUACAACAAAGCGCUGGUACCUCAGUAUGUGCUGGCAGUGGAGGACUUCCUUCUUGUGUGUGUCAAAGUCACCAGAGGUCACACCGCUACAGAAUCGUCAGUCAACGAGAUUUGUAAACUGAUGCACUGUCGGUUCUGUGAGGAGAGAGUGUUCAUGCCGCAACAACUGGCACCUGUUGAGAAUCCCUACAGCAUGCUGCCCUGCCAGUGCAAAGAGAAGAAUCCAGGCAAGACUGCUGUCCUGCUGGGACCCAUGUGGAAAGGUCCAAUUUACUGCCCCACUUUCCUGAAUGUGAUGCAGCAAGAGGGGAAGUCGCUAGGACUCAGUGCAAAAUUCUCAACACUGGUCUCUCUUCUGCAGUGUGAAUCAGUAUGCGCUACUCUCUCCUUCUCAUCAGGCGAUGGGGGUGGAAAUAACAACCGCAGGGAAGGAGGCGCGUUGUCUGGUAUUAGUCCAUCGAAUGGUCAAAAUGACAAAACUGUACAAAGCAAAGACAGAGAUUGUGGAGCUGAAAAGGCUAUGGGUGACAAAUCUGAAACAGCCCAGAUUGUAGAGGAAGGAAAUGCUGGAGCUGAUGGAAAAUGUUCAGUUUUUUCUAAUGUCACUUCUGAUGGUAAACCAGAUGGCUCUAAAAGAAAAGGUACCCGUGAUAGCGUACCUGAGAAUGCUCCUACACCUGUAAAGAAACUAAGGUUUGAGGAUUCCAAAGAUGACCCCCAGCUCACACCAGCGAGGAAUGUGCCAUUUUACCAACAUGUGAAUAAACUCAAGAAAAUGAAAAUCCCAAAGUUGGAUCAACUAGUGACCAUCAUACAGCACCGCGGUUACUUCGCCUGCCGCACACACUUUGAUCCUUGCGCCAUUCGUACAACGGCAAAUGUGGACCAGUUCCUCAAUGUUUUGCAGCCACAGUGCGAGAAAUAAAGAAGAUAUUUUUACCCUA